AUGCAAUUAAAGACCUUAGCGCUCAUUGCCGCAUCUAUUACCUCAGCCCUUGCCGCUGGUGAUCUUGCCUUCAACCUCGGUGUCGAAACUAACGAUGCUGUCUGUAAGACCGGAUCUGACUACGCUUCUGACUUCAGUUACUUGAAGCCAUACGGUACUACCGUCAAGACUUACGCCGUCUCUGACUGUAACACAUUACAAAACUUGGGACCUGCCGCUGAAGAAGCUGGUUUCACCCUCAUACUUGGUGUCUGGCCAACUGAUGAUGCCCACUUUGCUGCUGAAAAGCAAGCUUUACAAGACUACUUGCCAAAGAUCUCCAAGUCUACCAUUAAGGUUAUCUCUGUUGGAUCUGAAGCUUUGUACAGAGAAGACUUGACUGCUACUCAAUUGGCAUCUGCUAUCAGCGAAGUCAAGGAAUUAUUGGCUGACAUUAAGGAUUCUAACGGUGACUCAUACUCCUCUGUUCCAGUUGGCUUCGUUGAUUCCUGGAACGUCUUAGUCGAUGGUGCUUCCGACCCAGCCAUUCAAGCUGCAGACUUCAUUUACGCCAACGCCUUCUCCUACUGGCAAGGACAAACCCAAGCUAACUCAUCAUACUCCUUCUUUGAUGACAUUAUGCAAGCAUUACAAACCAUCCAAACCGCCAAGGGAUCAACCGAUAUUGAUUUCUACGUUGGUGAAACCGGAUGGCCAUCCGAAGGUACCGCCUACGAAGACUCCACUCCAUCUGUAUCCAAUGCCAAGACCUACUGGCAACAAGCCAUUUGUGCCAUGAGAGGAUGGGGUGUUAACGUUGCCGUUUUCGAAGCCUUUGACGAAGCCUGGAAGCCAGACACUUCAGGUACCUCUGAUGUUGAAAAGCAUUGGGGUGUUUGGGACAGCGACAACAACUUAAAGUACUCUAUUGACUGUCUGUUCUAA